GGCCCUGAACUCAGUGUGUGUGUCGGGGGGGGGGGUGUCUGUGCAGCACCUGGUGCGACAGGGCCCCCGAGGUUGGUUGGUGCUGCUGUGAUACAAGUAGCAGAGGUGCACCCUCCCCCCCCCGCCCCGCAGCAUUUGGGCCCCCAUCAGAAUCGGAAGUGGAGGUUUUUCCACUGUGGCCGGUGGCUCAUUUCCUAGAGCUGGGUUAAUCCUGGUGCCUCCGUCCCAGCCCUGCCACUUCCCCAUCGCUGGCCGCGUGGCUGCUCACCAUGGCCGUGACUCUGCCAGUCCUGCUCCUGACUGUUGCCCUGCCGAAGCCGUCCCUCGUCUGGGACUGGGCCACAGGUGCUGAGGGGGGGAUCCGGCUGCGCUGCUCCGCCCCAGGGCCGCUUGGGGGAGGCUGGUUCACCCUGCACCGGGACGGCACACCGGGCCCUGUGGCUGAGGAGCAGGCCCCGGCGCGGGGCUUGGAGGUGACAUUUCUGCUGCCCAGCAUCGGCCCUGGCGAGCGGUACCGCUGUGGCUACUGGAACCGGGAUGCGGCUGGGGGGCGGGUGGAGUCCCCGCUCAGCGACCCUGCUAACAUCUCUAGUGGCCCAGAUCGCUACCCCAAGCCGUCCAUCGCCGUCAGCCCUGGCCCGGAGGUUUUGGCCGGCCAGACCUGGACGAUCCGGUGCUGGGCUCCGUAUGCGGGGAUGAGCUUUGUGCUGUACCGGGCGCGGGAGUUCUGGACUGAGCGGGCGCCUCGCGGAGACCCCCCCACGGCCGAGUUCCACCUGGGCAAUGCCAGCGCUGCCAGCGUGGGGAGAUACACCUGCUACUAUCACACCAUCAACGAGCCCUUCAUCUGGUCCAAUGCCAGCAACCCUCUGGAGCUCAGGGUCACAGACGUUCCCAGCACCCGGGAGUGGUUCGUGGAUGUGGGCGGAAAGCUCCGGGUGAAUUGCUCCAUCCUCAACGCCCCGGGCGGCUGGUUCUUCCUGUACCGAGAUGGGGAUCCCAAGCCCCUGGCCUGGAUCGCAGCCAAUGAGGACGACAGGCUGGCUGGCUUCAAUCUCCCGGAAGAGCAGGCGCUGGGCCCCAGCAAGCUCUUCAGCUGCCGCUAUGGGCUGGAGGAACCAGGCACCCGUUUCGAUCUGGCUCUCAAUGACACGGAGGUGCGGACCCAAGGCUCGCGUUCUGGGGGCACCGAUUACAGCCAGACCAACGCACUGCGGCUGGGCCUGGGGGCCGCCGUCCUGCUGCUGGCGCUGCUCUUUGUAGCCCAGGCCUGCUGGGAGGAAAGACACCUGCAAAGCUGAGGCCGGCUGUCACGAGCCUUCAGGCGACUAAGGGAAGGAAUAGCCCCCCCACACACUCCAUGGAGCCCCCUCUGCUGGGAUUCACCCCCCACUCCACCCCUCCCACCUGGUCUAUCCCACUCCCUCCCUUCCAGCCUCCCAGCCUCAACCUACCAACCACCCCUCCAUCCUGUCCAACCCAGUCCUCUCUGUUCCCCCUCCUCCAUUACCGCCCCCAC